AUGAAGAACGUCCCCAACUGUGAGAUUCUAGAAGGGAACCUGCGGAGGCCUCCGCACCCCGUGGUGCUGCAGUGGAUCGCGGAGGCUUGGGAUCAAGUCCCCAAGCAGAUCAUCAUCGACGCGUUCCGCCACUGUGGGAUCUCAAGCAAGCUGGACGGAACGGAGAACCACCUGGUGAUGUCUCACCUGCGCGCCAGGAGCACCACCGAUGUCUCCGCGGACAUGUCCCUCGGGGGGACCACAGGCGACAACACGCGCCUGCUCGAUCGGGCUCCAGAGGAGGAGGAGGAGGAGGAGGAGGCGAUGCAGGCGGAGGGCGUGCAGGAGGUGGCCGUGGCAACCGGCCUGGAGGUGCUGUACCAGGAGACCCCCAACUACCGUGGACCGGCGGCCGAGGCUGACCGCAUGAUCGAGCCUAGGGAGACGGCUAGGCAUGCCUGGCGAGUGCCAGACCUGGGUGUAGAGCCAGUUGUUAGUGCAGGUGAGGAGGCGGUGACUGAGGGGGGUUAG